GUUGGCAUUUCCUAAACACAGCGGAGACUCGCUCGGUGAGUUUGCGCUCUACAGUCUCGUCUCAGGCCGGGUUUGAUCCGUGUGUGUGGACUGUCAGUAUCUGGUGGACGGCGACCUACUUCACCACAAAUCAGCUGGAUUUCAGUUUGACAUGAACAGGUUGCCCUGACAUGGACACAGAGAUGAUUCCUAAAUUUUCGACAAAGGAUGAAGAAGUAGAUUACUGGAAAACUCAAGCUCUGAAGUACAAAAAAUGUUGCCAGGAAGCCCAAGAGGAGCUGCUGGAGUUUCAGGAGGGCAGUCGUGAACUGGAGGCCGAACUAGAGGCACAGCUGGGUCAGGCUGAGCACAGACUACGAGACCUGCAAUCUGAAAAUGAGAGACUGAAGAAUGAAAUGUCCAACCUCAAGGAGAAGCUGGAGCAGCAGUACGCCCAGAGUUAUAAACAGAUCUCAAUGUUGGAGGAUGAUCUGGGGCAGACGCGCAGCAUCAAAGAGCAACUCCACAAAUAUGUCCGAGAGCUCGAACAGGCCAAUGAUGAUCUGGAACGGGCCAAGAGGGCCACCAUUGUCUCACUUGAAGACUUUGAAAGUCGUCUAAAUCAGGCCAUUGAGAGAAAUGCCUUUUUGGAAAGUGAGCUGGAUGAGAAGGAGUCUUUGCUCGUAUCUGUUCAGAGACUGAAGGAUGAAGCUCGAGAUUUGAGGCAGGAGCUCGCUGUCCGUGAGAGAGCAUCAGAUAGAAUGUCUGCGCCAAGCUCACCCACUCUGGAUAUAGACAAGAUCGACUCUGCAGUUCAGGCCUCUUUAUCAUUACCAGCAACACCUGUAGCAAAGAGCAUAGAGCAGGCCUUCACUGCUCCGAAAGCAUUGUCCAACGGUACCUCAACCCUUACUCCUUCAGCUCGUAUAUCAGCCCUCAAUAUAGUUGGUGAUCUCCUCAGGAAGGUUGGGGCUUUGGAGUCUAAACUUGCUGCUUGCCGAAACUUCGCCAAAGAUCAAGCAGCAAGGAAAAACUAUGAAAACGGCACACUCAUCAACAGCAAUGCCACCAAGUUCUCUCACUCUCUUCAUACCACUUACUUCGACAAAUCGACGGUUAAUGGACUGGACCCAAGCCCACUGAACUCCUUGAAAACUUCUCGAGCUGUGUCUCCACCGGGAAUGCUGCCUCUGAGUGUGUGAAGUGCCAUCCCUCCACAACAAUAUCAAACUAUGGCACAGAGGGGACUCUAUUCAAGUAUGGUGUGAAAGGAAAGUGUGGAUGACUGUUUAUGAGAGGGUUUUUAGACUUGAGUGAAUGUUCUAUUACCAUAGUAAUGGAGCUCAACAGUGACCACCCACUGCAAGGUUCCAGAAGAAGUUUUACAUAAAUUUUGCCCACAAACAUUAUAUUAAAAAGUAUGAAAGCUUGCUUGAGGCAAGUCAGCUAUGUAGUAACUAAUGACCACAGGACCUAAAAUGGAAUUUAAAUCUGUUUUAAAAACUUGAUAAAUAUCAAUUAUUAAUACACCCAAUUUAAGUUUUUUUUUUUUUUUACUGAAAACAACAGCUUUAUGGACAUUGGUUACCCCAUAGAUGGUUAGCCUCCAUUGUGCCUUUUAAACUUUUAAUAUCUGAAUUUUCCAAAAAAAAAUCUGUGGGGAAAAUUUUAUGCAAAGUUUAAUUCCAGAGCUUUGACAGGCUUUGACCAUUGAACGGCAUUAGUCUUGAACGCAGCUCUGAAAGCACUGACGGAGGUUGUGAACACGUCUACGCAGCUACUUUCUGCAUGUGCCUCAAGCUGUACGGCUGUAUUGACGUCACUGCAAAGGUGAUCCUCUCUGUUACAUACAAAAUGACAGUUCAGCUAUUACUACUGCUUAUGUUCUCUUUUGCACAGUCAAAUAAAGAUUCAACAUAGUUUAAAAGGGACUGUUUGUAUGAAUGGAUUUUGCACAUUUGACCGUGAAGCUUUAAAAUGCCAUUUGAUUUAAUGCAUGUGUUAUUUAUGAAAGAGGUAUGGCUGGACCUAUUGAAUAGUAUGACUGAAGUGAAUGUUGACCGUUCAAAGCAAUGUAGCCAGUGUUAUUUUUUUUAUUUUAUUUAAUUUUAUUUAAUUACAGGCGGUUUGCUAUAGUUUUUAAAUGCAAUUUUAAUGUCAAACACCAGUGUCAAUCUGCACUUAAACAUAUACACAGUUACUGUAUUUGUUGCGUUCCUAUUGACAAUUUAAUGUUUUAUUUGAAUUUUUAUGCAAAGUUAUAUAAAUUGUAACAGGCUCUUGCUAUAUAUCUCAAGAUUACUGCUUUGCAAAGUUAGUGUCUUUGAUUUUAGCAGUAUUGCAGACCUCUUAAACCUGUAUGUGCAAAACCAAUAUGUUCAAAUGUAGUUAGCAUUAAGUAAUUUCAAUUCAUUUGAAUUGUUGUUGCAUUCUUUAUCUUAUGGAAAAUGACUUGGAGCACUGCAUAAGCCUGCUUCAUAUGUUCUGCCAUCACUGUAAAUAGCUUGUAAGAAUGGUUAGUUUGCAUUUGUAAACACUGACUUUAAUGCUAAAGUCUUAUUUAUUAUAUUACAGAUUGCGUAUGGCAUGAGUUUGGAUACUGAGAUUCAUACUGUGGAAAGUGUAUUCAAUUAUCAGUUUGUCUAAGUUGUUUUACCAAAAUAAAAAAAAUAAAAAGAAAA